AUGAGACUCAUCAGAGACUCAUCAGAGACACAUCAGAGACUCAUCAGAGACACAUCAGAGACUCAUCAGAGACACAUCAGACACAUCAGAGACACAUCAGAGACUCAUCAGAGACACAUCAGACUCAUCAGAGACACAUCAGACACAUCAGACUCAUCAGACACAUCAGACUCAUCAGCGACACAUCAGACACAUCAGAGACUCAUCAGAGACACAUCAGACUCAUCAGAGACACAUCAGACACAUCAGACUCAUCAGACACAUCAGACUCAUCAGCGACACAUCAGACACAUCAAAGACACAUCAGAGACACAUCAGACUCAUCAGAGACACAUCAGACACAUCAGUGACAUCAGAGACACAUCAGACACAUCAGACUCAUCAGAGACACAUCAGAGACACAUCAGAGACUCGUCAGAGACACAUCAGACUCAUCAGAGACACAUCAGACACAUCAGAGACACAUCAGAGACUCAUCAGAGACACAUCAGAGACACAUCAGAGACUCAUCAGAGACACAUCAGACUCAUCAGAGACACAUCAGACACAUCAGAGACACAUCAGAGACUCAUCAGAGACACAUCAGAGACACAUCAGACUCAUCAGAGACACAUCAGACACAUCAGACUCAUCAGAGACACAUCAGACACAUAA